AUGGUGGAGGAGGAAGAAGGGUUGGGGGUGGUCGGCUAUGGUGGACGGGUGUGGGUGAUGGAGGAGGAAGGAGGGUUGAGGGUGGUCGGCUAUGGUGGAUGGGUGUAGGUGGUGGAGGAGAAGGAAGUGUCGAAGGUGGUCGGCUAUGGAGGACGGGUGUGGGUGAUGGAGGAGGAAGAAGGGUUGGGAUGGUUGGCUAUGGUGGACGGGUGUGGGUGGUGGAGGAGGAAGAAGGGUUGAGGGUGGUCGUCUAUGGUGGAUGGGUGUGGGUGAUGGAGGAGAAGGAAUGGUUGAGGGUGGUCGGCUAUGGUGGAUGGGUGUGGGUGAUGGACGAGGAAGAAGGGUUGGGGGUGGUCGGCUAUGGUGGAAGGGUGUGGGUGAUGGAGGAGGGAGAAGGGUUGAGGGUGGCCGGCUAUGGUGGAUGGGUGUGGGUGAUGGAGGAGGAAAAAGGGUUGGGGGUGGCCGGCUAUGGUGGAAGGGUGUGGGUGAUGGAGGAGGAAGAAGAGUUGGGAGCGGUCGGCUAUGGUGGACGGGUGUGGGUGAUGGAGGAGGAAGAAGAGUUGGGAGUGAUCGGCUAUGGUGGGCGGGUGUGGGUGAUGGUAGAGGAAGAAGGGUCGGGGGUGGCCGGGUAUGGUGGACGGGUGGGGGUGAUGGAGGCAGAAGAAGAGUCGGGGGUGGCCGGCUAUGGUGGAUGGAGGAGGAAGAAGGGUUGGAGAUGGUCGGCUAUGGUGGACGGGUGUGGGUGAUGGAGGAGGAAGAAGGGUUGGGGGUGGCCGGCUAUGGUGGACGGGUGUGGGUGAUGGAGGAGGAAGAAGAGUCGGGGGUGGCCGGCUAU